AUGACUUCAAUAAUGGAUCAUCAUUCACCAACGAAGUCUUCACCACAUCCAGACAAUGCUAAGAUAAUUAAAAAAGUUUUAAAUGGUUAUGUUGGAUUUGCAAAUUUACCAAAACAAUGGCAUAGAAAAUCAGUAAGAAGAGGGUUUAAUUUAAAUAUAAUGGCAAUUGGAGAAAGUGGAUUAGGUAAAUCAACUUUAAUAAAUACUUUGUUUAAUCAAGACAUUAUGAAAACUAAAGAGAAUAUAUUUAAUGGAGGAUUGAAAGAAGAAUCAGAACCAGAAGAACAAGAACAAGUUAAUGGAUAUGAUUCAAAUGUUAAAAUUAAAACUACACAAGCUGAAAUUGAAGAAGAUGGAGUCAAAUUAAAAGUUAGUGUUAUAACUGCACCAGGAUUUGGAGAAGCUAUAAAUAAUGUUGAUUCAUGGAAACCAAUUGUUGAUGAAAUAAAUAGUAGAUUUGAUUCAUAUUUAGAAGCAGAGUCAAGAAUUAAUAGAUCAACUAUUCAAGACGAUAGAAUUCAUGCAUUUUUAUAUUUUAUUGAACCAACUGGUCAUUCAUUAAGAAGUUUGGACAUUGAAAUUAUGAAACAAGUUCAUGAAAAGGUUAAUUUAAUACCAAUUAUUGCAAAAUCAGAUACUUUAACUGAUGAAGAAAUUCAACAAUUUAAAAAUUCAAUUUUAUUAGAUAUUCAACAUCAAGGUAUACAAAUUUUUAAACCAAGUAGUUAUAAUGAUGAUGAAGAAACUAUCACAAAUACUAAAAAUUUAAUUAGUGCUUUCCCAUUUGCAGUUAUUGGAUCAACAAAAUCAGUCAAAGUUGCUGAUGGUGUAUUUGUUAGAGGUAGACAAUAUCCAUGGGGUAUAAUUGAAGUUGAUAAUGCAGAUCAUAAUGAUUUUGUUAAAUUAAGGGAAUUACUUAUUAGAAACUUUUUAGAAGAAUUAAGAGAAACUACCUCAAAUAAUUUGUAUGAAAAUUAUAGAACUGAAAAAUUGAAAAAAAUGGGAAUUGAUCAAGAUAAUUCAGUUUUUAAAGAAUUUGAUCCAUUUGCAAGACAAGAAGAAGAAAGACAAUUACAUGAAGCAAAAUUAUCUAAAAUGGAAGCUGAAAUGAAAUCUGUAUUUCAACAAAAAGUAAGUGAAAAAGAGAAAAAAUUACAAAGAUCAGAAGCUGAUUUAUUUGCAAGACAUAAAGAAAUGAAAGAUAAAUUAACAAAACAAAUUAAAUUAUUAGAAGAAAAAAAAUUACAAUUGGAAAAACAAAAGUUAUUACCACAAGAACCUGCAACUACAACUCAAACAACUCAAAAAAGUAGAAAAGGUUUCUUAAGAUAA